CCCCCAUUGAUGGCUGUGGUGAUCCCAGGCCAAAUUUCCACGAUUUUCACGUACUCUUCAUCGAAACUUGUGCGUAUGUUUCCCGGAGAAAUUACGUGUCAAGUGGAGCACGAUUUCAGUUGCUAUUUCCAUUCAAUUUCUUCCUCUUCUAUAUAUUUACCAGAUUUGAUUUCAGAAUCGAAUCGAUUGACGUUGCCAUUGUAGAGCGGGGGAGAGAAAAAUGGAGAAGGCACUUAACAGGCAGCGGGUUCUUCUUCAACAUUUGCAGCCCAGCUCUUCUUCUUCUGGAUCUGCAUCGCUUUCUGCUUCGGUUUGUGCUGCUGGAGAAAGCGCUUCACAUUCAUACCAUAGGACUGGUGCGUUUGGGGAUGAUAUUGUCAUUGUAGCAGCAUGUCGUACAGCGAUUUGCAGAGCAAAGAAAGGGGGUUUCAAGGAUACUCCUGCAGAGGAUCUUCUUGCAUCUGUUCUAAAGGCUGUGAUCGAGAAAACAGAACUGAAUCCGAGUGAAGUUGGUGAUAUAGUAGUUGGCACUGUUUUGGCUCCUGGCUCUAUAAGAGCUUCUGAAUGCAGGAUGGCUGCUUUCUAUGCUGGCUUCCCUGACACGGUAAGCAUAAGAACGGUCAACCGACAGUGCUCGUCCAGCCUUCAAGCUGUUGCUGAUGUUGCUGCUGCCAUUAAAGUUGGAUAUUAUGAUAUUGGCAUUGGUGCUGGGUUGGAGUGCAUGUCUAUUAAUGACAUUGAAUUUCCUGUUAGCGAUAACCCCAAAGCAAAUGUCUUUAGACAAGCUCGAGAUUGUAUGCUUCCAAUGGGCAUCACUUCUGAAAAUGUUGCCCAACAAUACGGUGUGAGUAGGGAAGAGCAAGACCAGGCUGCUGUUGAAUCGCAUAGGCGUGCUGCUGCAGCAAGUGCAUCUGGUAAAUUCAAAGACGAGAUCAUCCCUGUCUCCACUAAGAUCGUCGACCCAAAAUCUGGUGUUGCAAAGCCCGUGGUUGUAUCUGUGGAUGAUGGCAUACGGCCGAGCACAAACAUGGAAAUUUUGGGAAAGUUGAAGCCAGCAUUCAAGAAAGAUGGCUGCACAACAGCAGGGAACUCUAGUCAAGUUAGUGACGGUGCUGCUGCAGUCCUCCUCAUGAAAAGAAGCUUAGCUAUCCAGAAGGGACUUCCUAUUCUUGGUGUCUUUAGGAGUUUUUCAGUAGUUGGUGUUGAUCCAGCAGUGAUGGGAAUUGGACCAGCUGUUGCAAUUCCUGCAGCUGUUAAAUCUGCUGGUCUUACUCUCCAAGAUAUUGACCUUUUUGAAAUUAAUGAGGCAUUUGCAUCUCAGUAUGUGUAUUGCUGUAAGGAACUAAAGCUUGAUACUCAAAAGGUGAAUGUCAAUGGCGGUGCAAUUGCUCUGGGCCACCCUUUGGGCGCAACUGGUGCUCGUUGUGUAGCGACACUCUUGAGUGAAAUGAAGCGUCGUGGAAGGGACAGUCGAUUUGGGGUCAUCUCCAUGUGCAUAGGCUCGGGAAUGGGGGCUGCAGCUGUACUAGAAAGAGGCGACUCUGUUGAUGAGCUUGGCAACGCAAGGCCAACCUCCCACUAAACUUUAAAAUCACAUUCUCAUCUUCAACCAUCCCAUGUAGAAGUAAUUUAAGUAUUUUUCGGUUGUGUCAUAAACUGGUAUUUCCCUUAAUGUUCUAGUUUUUAUCAACUUUUUGCACUCUAAAAAGAGUGUAAUUUGGUUUGGUUUGCUUCAAUUCCCCCUUUAUCGAUCA